AGUUCACAGUUAAAGCAAGUAGGCGCCGUCAGCCAGCGUUCUCGCUUUUACCGUAACGUAAAAUUUAGUUUAUUUCUGCUUUUGCACGCGGCCGCAGUGUUUGAUUAUGGACAAGGAUUUACUAAUAGCGACAGUGUUUGAAAAAACACCUGUUUGGGACAAAAAACAUAAGCUGCAUAGUAACCGAACCGUAGUUGAUAAAUGUUGGAAAGAAAUAAGUGUCGAAAUGAACGAAGAUGAGGUUAAGCUCCGAAAACAGUGGAAAUAUUUACGAGACCAAUAUUCUGUUGAAUUGGGGAAACAUCCUUUGCCAAGAUCUGGAGAUGCAGCAGAAGAUACGUUUACAUCCAAAUGGCGGUAUUUUCCGCAGCUUCAUUUUCUAAAGGACGUAGUUAAGCCAAGGGUUUCGAGCGGGAAUUUGUCUAGUACCCAAUCAUCCCAGGUGACUUUCAAAGAAGAAAGUCAGUCUUCUGUUGAAUUUGACGAGAAUGGUGGUGAUGAGGAAGAUUUUGAUUCAAGUGAACAAGUCGUAGCCAAAAAAAGACGCGGGAAAGAUACAUAUCAAGAAUCAAUCCUAGAUAUAGAAAGAAGAAACGUAGAAUAUUAUUUAGAGAGCGAGGCUAAACAAAAUUCUAUUGAUCAAGAAGACGAACAUCUAUCAUUUUUCAAGAGCUUGCUCCCACAUGUGAGGAAAAUACCCGAAAACAGAUUAUUAUCUUUUCGAUGUCGAAUACAAGAAAUAGUGGAUCAAUUUGCCUACCAACUGAACAUACACUCUACACCCUCAUCUGCGGUAUUACUUCAUUCUGAUGUACCUUCUCCGGGUUACCACAUUGUUGAUUCAAUACAUCAGUCUGUUCCCUCAAGGCAACAGUCAAGUCAACAGUGAAUUAUGUUCCAAGAUUGAGAGAUAUAGUAUUUCCCCAUGAAAUUAAACCAAUAUUUUUUGCAAUAUUUG